AGGAGCAUGUCAUUUAAAAGGAUAAAUACAAUCUUAGAAGGAACACAAUGCUCAUAAAUCUGGUGUUCUUUAAAUACAGCUACCAUCUUCCACAUGAUAAGGAUAUAUGUAAAACACAAAAAAUACAAAAGGCCAAUGAAGGAGAUACAUACAAUCAGACAUAAAGUUUUGUUCAAUAAUAUGGAUCUAGUUAUAGUCUCCAAAACAUAGUCUUCUAAGGCCAAAAAAGGAUAUAAUACGUAAUUACAUCGUACAAGCAAUGGAUAUGGCUGAAGUAAAACACCCGGAGGUGAAGUUACGUGUAAAGCCUCCUUCUGAUGAAGAUGAAGAUGAGGCUGAAGAUAAAAAGGAAAAGCGCAAGAGUGUUCAGAAUUUGAUUGAAACAUUCAGUAGACAUAAUGGAAUGGAGGAAAGUGAAGGAGCUACAUCGGAACAUCAAACUCUGCAAAAACAAAACAAAUCAAAAAGAAUGAUUCCAGUUAGAAGGAAGAAAUCAGGACGUUUGGAUGAUUCUCACAUCCGAGAACGUUUGAAACAAAAUAAAGAUGGUGGUGAAAGGAGGCGCUCGGGACCUCUGGUGGCUCGUGCAAGUGGAGGUAACAACUCAACCAGCUCUCUGAUUGGUCGACUUAGCAGUCAGAAAAAUGAAUCAGCUUUCACUCGUCAGGUUGUCAACAGACCACUGUCUCCUGUCAUCCCACCCCGCACAGUGAAAUUAUCACCUUCAAAUUCUUUCAACACUAAACCCCCAUCUCCCUCAGGCAGGAGAACCCCCUCCCCCAACAGUGUCCUCGAUGCCACAUCCAUGACCCCUGAUGCCAUCCAGAAACGUGUGGAGAAAGUUCGUAAAGCUCGUCUAUACCUCCUACAACAGAUGGGACCAAACUCCUUUUUGAUUGGUGGAGAUUCUCCCGAUCAUAAAUUCAGGGUUAUUAUCGGAGAACAGACAUGUAGCUGUGGAAAGGCCCAUUGUGUUCAUGUGCUGUUUGUCAUGUUACGUGUCUUCCAAAUAGAAGAAUCAGAUCCCUGUCUUUGGAGAGUGAAGCUGAAAAAUUAUGAGGUUGAGACAUUAUUCACAAACUUCCAUCAAAAACGUCGCCAACAGAAAACAAAGAAACAGAAGAGGAUUGCCAAAGAUAAGCUGGUGCAAUCUUGUGAUACACCGGACUCGAGUGCUGCUGCAGACACCAGUGUGAAAGAUGUUGAGGAGCAGUGUCCAAUAUGCCUCAAUGAUAUGUUAGAAGGGGAGAGUUUGGUGAAAUGUGAACAUGGAUGCCAGAACCAACUACAUCAACAUUGCAUAUCUAUAUGGUUUGAGGAGUGUAGGAGACAAUGGGAACAACUAAUAUGUCCACUCUGUAGGAUGCGCUGGGACCAAGACAGCACUACACCAGUAGAAAGACAAAGGAGUCUCUCAGAUCCUGUUCCCCCAACAGAAGUCCCCCCUAACACCCAGGCCUCAUCCCCCUCCCCCUCAGAGACACGUCUACCAUAUGCUGAACCUGUCCCCGACGAGCAUCAGACCAUUGCUCAAGAAUGGAUUCCCUUUCUCGGAGAAAACCUUGUAUCGUGUAUAUUCUCCCGCAACUGGGCAAUAAGAGAGACUGCGCUAGAGCAUUUAAUACAGGAUGUGAGGCACUUAUUUAUGCACCAUGAGACGGGUGGUAGCUUGGAGGAAGGCAGGGUGGAGGGAACACUGAGAACCGUCUGUCAGGUCCUGGUGAUGACCUGUGGAGACCCUGUUUAUAGAGUCUAUGUCGCAGCACUGAGAACAUUGCGAACACUGCUGCUGUUCACAUCAUGCAAGUCACAAGAUGACCUGGAGCACUUAAGGGAGCUGAUCACACCUGUUGUUCACACCAUUCUCAUUAAAUGUGGAGAUGGAAACAGGCGCACAGCUCAGUUAUCCAUGUCAACUCUAGCAGAAUUAGCUAAAGGCAACCAAGGGGAACUGGCCGUUGGUAGAGAACUUCCUACAAUUGGUCAUGCUGAGCUAGGCAGCGUGAAAUAUGUGACAGAAUGUAUCCUUCAAGAGUAUGACAGACUGGCCGUUUCAUGGCAGUGGCUCCUCGGGCGGAUAUGUAUGCUGGAUCGUUUAUUGGAGGACUAUCCUGAGGCAUUUACCCUAAAGCAAAUGGAUUCCUAUCAAGAUAAUCCUCCUGAGAACUCUGAUUUGUUAACAUCAGUGUUGAGAUUCUCUGUCAAUGCAGUGGACCAUGUACACACUAGAAUCGGAAAAUUGGCUCGAAGGGUCGUAAUAAUCGCUGGUAGGAUGAGUGUUUCAUUUCCCAGUGUGCUCAGUCAGUUACUACGUAUGCUUGACGAUCUGCAUCCAAGUUUACGACAGAGGCUUCGUCGUAGGUUAUUAUCACAUGAUGAUUGUCAAGCUUCAUAUUUUUCUUUUGAUCGGGACUCAUGUAGUGACUCAACUCAAACAACCAUAGGGGGAGUUACUGUAGGUGAAUCUAAUACAGAUGAGAAAGCGACCCCGAAUGAACUUAUUAUUGAAACAAAUGCUGACAGCCCUGCUCAGUCAGAACAUAGUGAUUCUAUAACAAAUGCUGAAACAGUUCAAGUUUUGUAUGCACCUCCUAAUUCCCCAAGGCAGAAAUCCUCUCCCAACAGAGCUCCAACAAAUUCUCCAGCUAGCAGCUCAAGUUCAUCUAUUGUACCAUUAAGUUCCUCAGGUCCCAUAACUCCACCAUCUACCCCACACCAUGCCCCUGUGGUAGUUCCCCAUAACACCCCCCGAACUAAACCUCCUCCAUCGGGUCAAUGGAUUAGUCCCAUAGACAAGCAUGAAAAUAAGGACCCCAAAGCUGACACUUCUAAACUGGAUAAAAAACACUAUAUGGACAUAUGUGUAAUAGAUACUGAAACAGGUUGCUGUCAAACCCAUGGUCAUAAUUGUUGUCAUAGUAAUAACACAGCCCCUGGGUUACAACAUGGUGACCCCACUUGUGAGGCAUGUGGGUUUACAACUCCAGAAAGAGGUCAGGCUGUUAGAGGUGAUAUUACAGAGGAUUUAUCUGACCUAACCAUGUCUCCCUGUACUCCUGAAGACAGACUAGUCUCUUUCAAGUCAGAAAUUGCGAGAUCUCCCAGGAAAAGAUCAUCUGUUGUUAAUCCACCUGGUUUAACUGAUCAUGCUGAGUUAUCAGAAGAGAUGUGUCCAUGUAAGGAAGAGAUGCAGGCAGAGGAGGACCUAGCUCUUGUGAAGGCAUUAGAGUCCUCUCUACACCAAACUCCCUUACCUAAUGUACCAGGUCUAACAGAUAAUGAGGAGACUCCUGUUAUCAUUCAAAAUGAGGAUGGUUCUUUACGAGAUCGCUAUGUAGAGGAUGAACACUGGGUUAGGGGACCUGUAUUAGGUACAGGGGCCUUUAGUACAUGUUACCAGGCCAGAGACAUCAAAACCGGUGUUUUAAUGGCUGUUAAACAGAUUUCAUUCUGCCGCAACUCAGCUUCGGAGCAGCAGAAGGUCAUAGAUGCAAUAGAAACUGAGAUCCACAUGAUGGUCAAGCUGAGCCACCCGAACAUUGUACGCAUCAUGGGGGCCACUAAACAGAGCUGUCAUUUCAAUAUGUUUGUGGAAUGGAUGCCAGGGGGCAGUAUAGCAUAUCUGCUUGAUAGGUAUGGAGCAUUCUCAGAGGCUGUUACAGUCAGGUAUAUACGUCAAGUACUCAGGGGUCUAGCUGUCUUGCAUGACAAUCAUAUACUACACAGAGAUCUUAAAGGUGCUAAUCUUUUGGUGGACAGUACUGGACAGAAUUUAAGAAUUGCAGACUUUGGAGCUGCAGCCAGACUGGCCUCUCAGUCUACAGGGGCAGGGGAAUUCCAGGGCCAGCUCCUGGGAACCAUUGCAUUUAUGGCCCCUGAGGUAUUGAGAGGAGAGAGCUAUGGUCGUAGCUGUGAUAUCUGGGGUGUAGGGUGCUGUAUUAUAGAGAUGGUCACCACCAAGCCACCCUGGGGGGCUUCAGACCUGUCCAAUCAUCUUGCUCUUAUUUUCAAGAUUGCGUCAUCAACAUCAUUUCCACCUGUCCCAGAAAACAUAUCACCACCUGUGAAGGAUGUCCUUCUACGAUGUCUUGAACAGAAACGUGAUGAACGACCACAGGCAAAAGACUUACUGCAGCACCCUCUUUUCACUCAGGUUUAUCCGACAUGAGGACUUGACUUAAAUGUCACAGGAUAUACACAAUAAGUACUAUGAUGCAAAUUAUGCUCAUACCCAAGGAUAUCAGGUUGAUGACUAAGAAAGGGAGUGAAGGAUACGACAGAAUAAAGGAUGUAGGAAUGAUUAGAUGUUGAACAGAAGCAGGAAUUGAACAGUGUCAAAACCUUAUUACAUUAAGAAGGUUCUGAAAUGAGUCAGUGGCAUUUAAAUGAUAUAUGACACAGAAAGGUGUUAACUAGUGUUCAUUGGUGUGUGUGUUCACUGUAGAGAGGUGUUCGCUGCAGAUGUGUUCACAGAAAGCAUAUGUCGCUAGUUUAAAUACAGUGGAUAAACAAUACACUCUAAAUGGCUUAUGGUGCUAUAAGCAAAGGUUCUACAAAUGUGAAGCACAUCUAAACUAACAAAAAACCAAAUUGUUGUUUGACAUAAUAUGGACAUUGGACAGCCCUUGUCUGUUGUAAGGUCUACUUGCCAAGUAUCUCAUAUUGAGAUGUAAAUCACUCUGGGAAUAUUAUCGCAGGUACAUUAAGAGUGAGCUGUAUUAAAUACAGAGAAGCCUUCUAUUGGUUGUAAUUGUAACCCCAUUGGGCUCUAUGCAAAUCCAUUGAGGUCUUAACUGUUACAUUAGUUCGAACUGCCAUAGAGGUUUGUGUCAUAAAAUAUUAAAACUCAAUUUGUGAGUUCCAAAUUCAUAUUCUAUGCAUUUCUAUUGUAUUUGUCAUGGUGAGUGAGAUUUACGUGAAGUGCCUUAAGAAAAGCUCAAUUUGAAUAUGUAUAUUUUUAGAUUAGAAUUUAAACUGAGAUUUUUAGUUUUCAUUUUAUUCAUUAGUGAUUGCAUAAUAUCAAUCAGAUUCACCCAAGAACCUAUCUUUACUGUAGACCUUUUUGAAAAAGUAACUAUAGAAAAGUAACUAUAGAAAAGUAAUUAUAGAAAAGUAACUAUAGGAUGAAACCAUUGAUUGUUUUUCAAUCCACAAAGAUUUGUAUCCAUUAGGCCUAGGCUAGAGUAUUGGAAUUAGUAUUAUAAUUGCACAGUAUGUAGACUAGCCAGAGAUUAAUAUUUUGUAUUUCCAAUUUGAAUUCAAUAUGAAAAAAUGAAUCAUGCUCAUAGUUUAAGCUGUUGAAACUUGUGGCAAGUCUGCAUUAUGUGCUAACAAUUAGGCAAAUGAAGAAUAGUUACUGUACUUUUACUUAAUUUUGCGACUGUUAUAUAAUUUGGUGGAUCCAGCAAAUUGUUUAAGUCCACAAAAUUAGGUAGCCGCCAAAUUCCCAAGUUAUUUUUGUUACAUAUAAAUCAGUACCAUUUGUUCAUUGUUGUAAUAUUGCAAAUCCACCAAAUUAAGUAGCUGCAAAAUGUUCAAAACAGCAAAUCUG